GACUCCCAAAUUUUUGUUAUAUUUGUAUCUUCCUAACACAGAUGUCUUACAAAAUUGAACCAUUGCCCAACUCUUAUGCCCACCUCGGUGAAGGUCCCCACUGGGAUAUUGAAACGCAGAGUCUCUACUAUGUUGAUAUUGAAGCUGGCAAAAUUCUGCGCUACGACUACCAGGAGGAUAAGGUGUACCAUAGCAAAGUUCAAGAUGUCGAACUCGCCUCCUUCAUUGUGCCGGUCGAGGGACAAAGUGACAAAUUCGUUGUUGGAGAUGGUCGUCGUGUACUCGUCGUCACAUGGGAUGGUGUUUCGCCG